AUGGCGGGGAAUGUGGGAAUGGAGCAGCUCAUUCCAAUCGUGAAUAAGCUGCAAGAUGCUUUCACACAACUGGGUGUUCAUAUGACUUUGGAUUUGCCACAAAUUGCUGUAGUGGGCGGACAGUCAGCAGGAAAAAGCUCAGUUUUGGAAAAUUUUGUAGGCAGGGACUUCCUUCCUAGAGGUUCAGGAAUUGUGACUCGUAGACCACUAAUUUUGCAGUUGAUCCAUUCAAAUACUGAAUAUGCUGAAUUCUUGCAUUGCAAAGGAAAAAAAUUUGUGGACUUUGAAGAAGUCCGCAGGGAAAUUGAAGCAGAAACAGACAGGGUCACUGGAAGUAAUAAGGGCAUCUCCAACAUACCCAUUAACCUGAGAGUUUAUUCACCAAAUGUAUUGAAUCUAACACUUAUUGAUUUACCUGGUUUAACCAAAGUACCAAUUGGUGAUCAACCAGUAGAUAUUGAACAACAAAUCAAAGGAAUGAUAAUGCAAUUCAUCAAGAGGGAUUCUUGUCUCAUUCUUGCUGUGACUCCAGCUAAUACUGAUCUUGCCAAUUCUGAUGCUUUGAAAUUGGCCAAAGAAGUAGAUCUGCAAGGCAUAAGAACAAUAGGUGUUAUAACAAAACUAGAUCUCAUGGAUGAAGGCACUGAUGCUCGUGAUAUUCUGGAAAAUAAACUGCUGCCUCUGAGAAGAGGCUACAUUGGUGUUGUUAAUCGUUCACAAAAAGAUAUUGAAGGUAGAAAAGACAUUAAUGCUGCAUUAGCAGCUGAAAGAAAAUUCUUCUACAGUCAUCCCUCAUACCGCCACAUAGCUGAUCGCCUGGGGACACCUUAUUUACAAAGAGUUUUAAAUCAGCAAUUGACAAAUCAUAUUCGCGAGACCUUACCUAGUUUAAGGGACAAAUUACAGAAACAGCUACUUACCUUGGAAAAGGAUGUGGAUCAAUUCAGACACUUCAGGCCAGAUGACCCUGCCAUUAAAACUAAGGCAAUGUUACAGAUGAUUCAGCAACUUCAGGUGGAUUUUGAUAGAACAAUUGAAGGUUCUGGAUCUGCUCAAAUAAACACCAUGGAACUUUCCGGCGGUGCUAAAAUCAACCGAUUAUUCCAUGAACGGUUCCCAUUUGAAAUUGUCAAAAUGGAAUUUGAUGAGAAAGAAUUACGUAGAGAAAUUGCAUUUGCUAUUAGAAAUAUUCAUGGUAUUAGGGUUGGCUUGUUCACUCCUGAUAUGGCAUUUGAAGCCAUUGUUAAAAAGCAGAUAGCUAGAUUGAAGGAGCCUUCUUUGAAAUGUGUUGAUUUGGUUGUAACUGAAUUAUCAAAUGUUGUAAGAAUGUGUACAGAUAAGAUGUCACGGUAUCCACGGUUGAGAGAAGAAGCUGAAAGGAUUAUUACAACUCAUAUUAGACAAAAAGAGCAGUACUGCAAAGAACAACUUUGUCUCUUGAUUGACUGUGAAUUGGCUUAUAUGAAUACAAAUCAUGAAGAUUUUAUUGGAUUUGCAAAUGCCCAAAAUCAGUCCGAAAAUGCAGCUGCCAAGGGCACGCGUGGCACCCUCGGCAACCAGGUGAUCCGAAAGGGCUACAUGUGCAUCCACAACCUGGGCAUAAUGAAGGGCGGCUCGAGGGACUACUGGUUCGUUCUCACCUCGGAGAACAUCUCUUGGUACAAGGACGAAGAGGAGAGAGAGAAGAAGUACAUGCUGCCCUUGGACGGCAUCAAGUUGCGGGACAUGGAACAGGGCUUCAUGUCCAGGAGGCACAUGUUCGCCAUUUUCAAUCCCGAUGGCAGGAAUGUAUAUAAGGACUACAAACAAUUGGAAUUGAGCUGUGAAACCCUAGAUGAAGUGGAUUCUUGGAAAGCUUCAUUUUUGAGAGCAGGAGUAUAUCCUGAAAAAACUACAGACACUUUGAAUGGUGAAGAGAAAAUUUCUUCUAAUUCUUCCGGCGAGAGCCAGACUAGCUCGAUGGACCCGCAACUAGAGCGACAGGUCGAGACCAUCCGCAACCUCGUCGACAGUUACAUGCGCAUAGUGACGAAGACAACGCGAGACUUGGUGCCGAAAACGAUCAUGUACAUGAUCAUCAACGACACGAAGGACUUCAUCAACGGCGAAUUGUUGGCGCACAUAUACGCCAGCGGUGACCAGGCGCAGAUGAUGGAGGAGGCGCCCGAGGAGGCGCAGAAGCGGGAGGAGAUGCUCAGGAUGUAUCACGCCUGCAAGGAAGCCCUGCACAUCAUAGGCGACGUUUCGAUGGCGACUGUGACCACCCCCGUGCCACCCCCGGUGAAGAACGACUGGCUGGCGAGCGGGUUGGAGAAUCCGCGGUUGUCGCCGCCGAGUCCCGGAGGACCCCGGAAAACGCCGCCGCAGAUGGGAACUGUGGGCUCUAGCGGCUCCCUGGGAUCGAGGGCUCCCCCGCCGCCGCCCAGCACGGGCAGGCCCGCCCCCGCCAUCCCGAACAGACCCGGAGGCGGCGCGCCACCCAUGCCCCCGGGCAGACCGCAGGGACAGGCGCUGCCCGCCCCGCUGAUCCCCACUCGAAUGGCCGGGCAACAGCAGGGUGGAAUUCAGGUGCCCCAACAGGUUCAGAUGGCUGUCGGGCGGGCAGUCACCAAUGCUGCCAUCAACGAACUGUCCAAUGCCUUCAAAUUCCAAAAUAGGCCAGUUCCCAAUAUCCCUCCAAGAAUACCUGACAGGCCCCAGCCUGGCAGACCAAAUUGA